GAUUCCUCCUCCUCCUCAACCUUCAUCAUGGAGCUCCGGACCUUUUCCGUCCUGUUCUGUCUCGUCUGCGCCGUUUUCCCGCAGCACGCGGCGAGCGCGAGGGGACGCGGAGGACCCCGCGUGACGGAGAAGGUGUUUUUUGAUGUCACGGUAGCGGGUCAUGAGGUGGGGAGGAUCGUCAUUGGUCUGUUUGGGGAGGUGGUCCCGCUCACCGUCAACAACUUUGUGGCCCUCGCCACCGGAGAGAGGGGUUAUGGGUAUAAGGGCAGUUCGUUCCACCGGGUCAUCAAAGACUUCAUGAUUCAGGGGGGAGACUUCACGGCAGGGGACGGUACCGGAGGACGUAGUAUCUAUGGAACAACGUUUGCUGAUGAGAAUUUCAAACUGAAGCAUAUCGGGCCGGGCUGGUUGAGCAUGGCUAACGCUGGCCCGGACACCAACGGCUCUCAGUUCUUCAUCACAGCUGUGAAGGCUCCAUGGCUGGACGGGAAACACGUGGUGUUCGGCAAAGUGCUGGACGGCAUGGCGGUGGUUCACACCAUUGAGCUCCAGGACACAAACGACCGAAACGUCCCGUACACCGAGUGUGUCAUCGUCAACAGCGGACGCAUUGCCGUUAAAGAGCCCUUCAUCAUAGAGGUGGAGGGCUGGUAG